AUGUGCCCUGUUCGGGUUCAUUGGCAUGUGAAAAGAAACUACAAGAUGUAUUGGCAUGUGAGGAUCACCAUCACCAACUUCAACUUCAAUUUCAACUACACUAAGUGGACACUUGUUGCUCAACAUCCGAAUCUCAACAACAUUGCCAAAGUUGAUGCUUUUAACUAUAAGCCUCUUCUCCUCUUUGAACCCAUAAAUGAUACAGGUAUGUUUUAUGGAGUAGAGAAGCUGGAUAACGACCGCCUUCUGGAGGCUGCAAGUGUGCAUUCAGAGAUGAUUCUUCAAAAAAAUAGGACAACAUUCUCAUUGAAUCGUGGGUGGGCAUUCCCUCAUAAAGUCUACUUCAAUGGUGACGAAUGCAUAAUGCCCCUGCCUAUCUCUUACCCGUCUCUUCCAAACUCCGUCCUUCCCGUUUUAGAUGUUGGACGAAUGGUCGUUAUUAUUCAAGUACUAAUAGCAACAUUUCAUCAAUUUAUCUAA